AUGUAUCACUACACUGCCUCCAAUAGUGAUAUCGCCACUCAACGUCCCCCACUGAAUGACCAAUGGUCUCGUACUAGCAAAACAGUGUGUUCAUCGAUGUCUACUAGCAGAGGGGUUUGUGAUACUCUCCUCAAGCUUUUCGGCACAGCUCUCAGAACGGCAAAAAUAGCCCAUAUUAUUAAACUUAACCCUUUUAUGACAGAGCGACGUACAGAGAUAGAGGAAAAUGAUCACCUAGUUGAGCCGUCUGUAGUAGGUAUAGAAACACAGGAUCAUGUUGCACUACACAGAAGAUCAAGUAGAGCAGAAGGAUUAAUGUCAAGCACACGCACCAACAGCGACCAAGAGGUGCAUGCCUGUCACGAUACUAGGUUUUUGUACAUUCUUUUCAGUGUUGACAAUAGUGAAUACAUGCGAAUGGGAGACUAUGUGCCAACACGUCUCCAAGCCCAACAGGAUGCAGUUAACACCAUUUGCCGUUUUAAACUUAGGUCUAAUCCUGAGAACAAUGUAGGCCUCCUCACCUUAGCCAAUACUGAGGCUGCAACACUGACUACAGAUGUUGGGAAAAUCCUGACUUCACUGCAUAAAGUAAUGCCAAAUGGAUUCAUCAAUCUCCUGACUGGUAUACGAAUUGCUCAUUUAGCGCUGAAACAUCGUCAAAGUAAAAACCACAAAAUGCGCAUUGUUGCCUUUGUGGGAAGUCCAAUUGAGGCUGACGAAAAAGAAAUCAUCAAGGUAGCUAAACGCCUCAAGAAGGAGAAAGUUAACAUUGACAUUGUUAACUUUGGGGAGACAGAUAUCAACCAGUCUCUGUUGGAGGCCAUGGUAAGCACCAUCAAUGGCCGAGAAGGUGGUGGAUCACACUUGGUCACUGUGCCUCCAUCACCUCAUCUAGCAGAUGCUCUCUUGUCCUCUCCUAUUGUCCAGGGUGAGGAUGGAGGAUCGGCUGCAAGCUUUGCAACAGGCGGAGGCUUUGAGUUUGGUGUUGAUCCUAAUGAGGAUCCAGAACUGGCACUGGCUUUACGUGUGUCUAUGGAGGAACAGCGGCAGAGACAGCAGGAAGAGGAACGUCGUGCUGCUCAGGAAUCAGCAGCAAAGGCUCCAUCUGCUGAAGCUACACCUCAGCCACCUGCCACAACACCAACACCCCAACCUGCUGCAACAGAAGGCGGUCAAUCUGAAGAGGAGAUGUUACAACAAGCUCUAGCAAUGUCACUGGAAGUCGGAGGUGCUGGUGGCUCAACACAGGCUAAAGGAUCCACUGCUGCCAAACCAGUUGCAGCUCCAAAAGCUGCCCCUGCUGCUGCUGUUCCAGACUUCUCUGCAAUGACAGAAGAGGAGCAGAUUGCAUAUGCAAUGCAGAUUUCUAUGCAGGACUGUGCAGAGCCUAAGGAGGAACCCAUGGAUGUAGAUACACCAAGUGAAGACAGAGGUGCAAAGGGAGUAAAGGAAAGCUCAGAGGUGAAGAAAGAAGAGGAGGAACAGGAUUUCUCCCAGGUCAUGGCAGAUCCGGCCUUUCUAGAGAGUGUCCUUCAAAACUUGCCUGGUGUUGACCCCCAGAGCCAGGUUGUCAAAGAGGCUGUAGGGUCACUCACUCAACAGGACAAGGAUAAAGAAAAGGAUAAGGAUAAGAAGAAAGAUGAGAAGAAAUAAGAUAUUUUUAUAUGUGUGAGGAGAAAACUAUCUUAAUAGCAUUAUAGUUCUCGGCUCAAAUUAAGAAAGGUUUCCAUUUUUUUAUGAAUAGUUUCUCUUUUGUAUAAACAGGGGGACAUUUGUUUAUACAAGUGAAAAAUUCACUUGCAUGAAUUUAUAUGUAAAGUCUUUGUUUUAUUGUUUUAUUUUAUUUUUUUUUUUUUAUUUUAUUUUUUUAUUUUAUUUUAUUUUAUUUUUAUUUUUUAUUAUUUUUAUUUAUUUUAUUUUUUAUUUUUAUUUAUUUAUUUUUUUUUGAAUAAGGUAGUAGUUGUUUAGAUAUCAAUUAAUCAGAAGCUGAGAAAGUUUCCCCAACAGUUAGCAUAAGUUCAGACAUAUAUUUUGUGUCAAAAGUGAUCUUGAAAAAUUUCUCUUGGCAACAUGGCUGGGUGUCUGUUCUACAGCAGCCUUACAACACUGCUCUGAACAGGCUAUCAUAAAUAUACUGCAUUGGCAGUUUGGUCCAUGCUUGAAUGGCCAAUUUAAAGUCCAUGAAUAAAGCUUGAAUAAAAAUUAAAAUAAUU